CCCUUUCACUCUCAGAGACAGUUAGCUCAGUUCUCCAACCCCCUUCAGCAUAACUUCUCUUUUCGUUCGAACAAUCACAGUAAAGUAAGAAAGGCGGAAGAUAUGAUCAUAGAACGCGUUGUGACAGUGGAGUAUCUCGAGCCAUCCAUGUCUCGAGAGCUUCUCGGUAAAUUCCCAGACAACUCUGCUUUCGAUUUUGACUACUCGCAGAGCGAACUAUGGUCGCCGUUGCUUCCUCGCGGAUACAGCUCCAUUUCUGUUGCUACUUCCAUGGAAGUACGAAGGAAGCUCUCAGACGGGUUCGAGAAAGUUGCGCAGGAGAAGAUCAGGAAGAUGAGCUCGAAGAUUAAGAAGAAGAUAACCACGUUCAAGAAGAAGAGGUGCUACGACCUUGGUGCAACUCCUGUUAAGGGUUCUACGCCUAGAAAGGGAUGGACUAGGGUCUUGAGAGCUGCCUCCAAACAUUUCAAGAAGCAUAAGGAUCCUCCAUCUCAUAUAAAGCUGCAAAAUUAUCUGAGAAAUUCGGAGUUUAGUUAAUAUGUCACGCUGAUCACCUAGAUUGUUCUUUUUAUAUUUCGAAUUUGGCAAGAAUUCUCUGUAUCAGAUGUUUUAUUUUUGUUCAAUUCUUUUAUUGAUUGUGUAGUCGUCACAUUGAAUGAAACUGAUUUGAUUGGAUUAAUAAAUUUUCUUUUAUUUUUGCUGAGUUA